CUCUGAAGGGUNUUUCUCGUCAGUUACCGGGAUUCCACCUCUGGGUUGCGGGGUGUCGAGACACGGGGGCGGCGCAGUAUCGAGGUGGGGAGCCCGCAGGUCCGUGCGGAGAUGCUGAACAUGUGGAAAGUCAGGGAGCUGGUGGACAAAGCCACUAAUGUGGUGAUGAACUACUCAGAGAUAGAGUCUAAGGUUAGAGAAGCUACCAACGAUGACCCCUGGGGGCCCUCUGGACAGCUAAUGGGAGAGAUAGCCAAAGCUACGUUUAUGUAUGAGCAGUUCCCAGAGGUGAUGAACAUGCUGUGGACCAGGAUGCUGAAGGAUAAUAAGAAGAACUGGAGAAGAGUGUACAAGGUAGGACUGCCACACAUCGUAUCUGUGUUCCCUGAAGUCUGCUCUGGGUUUAUUGAAGCAGGGUUAGAGGUUUCUUUGCUUGACGUCAGGCCUACAUAUAUGGCUUCUUCCCAUGUUUUUCACGUGAGGGACCGUGACCAGGCCCAGAUUCCUUCUGUCUGUAUUUCAUUUUUUUAGGUUGAGUUUUCUUUU